UCUGUGUUAAAUGGAUCCAUCUGUCUCCUGUUUGAAUAUUUGCUUGUUUGCCAGGUGAUAGCAAGCGUGCUGAGGAACCUGUCGUGGCGUGCUGAUGUCAACAGUAAGAAGACGCUGCGCGAGGUCGGCAGCGUGCGAGCACUAAUGGGCUGUGCUCUUGAGGUCCAGAAGGAAUCGACUCUGAAGUCUGUACUGAGCGCGCUCUGGAACCUGUCGGCGCACUGCACAGAGAACAAGGCGGAUAUCUGCGCCGUGGACGGCGCUCUGGCGUUUCUGGUGGGAACACUGACACACCGCAGCCACACCAACACGCUCGCCAUCAUCGAGAGCGGCGGCGGCAUCCUGCGCAACGUCUCCAGCCUUAUCGCCACCAACGAGGCACACAGGGAGAUCCUGCGUGAGCACGGCUGCCUGCCGACUCUGCUGCAGCACCUGAAGUCUCACAGUUUGACCAUCGUGUCCAACGCCUGCGGGACGCUCUGGAAUCUGUCAGCCAGAGAUGCCAAAGAUCAGGAGGCAUUAUGGGAGCUGGGCGCCGUGGGCAUGCUGCGCAACCUCAUCCACUCCCGGCACAAGAUGAUCGCCAUGGGCAGCGCCGCCGCCCUGCGCAACCUGAUGGCCAAUCGGCCAGCACGCUACAAGGACGCGAGUGUGGUGUCGCCGGGCGCCGGCGCCCCGUCAUUGCACGUCCGCAAACAGAAGGCGUUAUUCGAGGAGCUGGACGCCCAACAGCUGUCAGAGACCUUCGACAACAUCGACAACCUGAGCCCCAAGGCCUCACACAGGAAGGGGCGGGGCUGUAAUGGCGCCGGAGGAGGAGGGAGCUCCACGCGCUCGUACGCCAACACGCCGGUGUUGUCGAGCCCGAAGAACGGAGAUGGAGCAAAGAGGACGAGCGAGGAAGCGGCGUACGCUCGGCCCGUGUUCCCGCCCAGUGUGCGGGCGUCCAGUGACAGUCUCAACAGCGUGACAAGCGCAGACGGAUACGGCAUCCGCGGCAAGACCAAACCGUCGUCUGAGCCGUUCUACUCGUCAGACGAGAACGCAGUCAGCAAGUGCUGCGUCUACAGGAAGUACCCGGCCGACCUGGCCCACAAGAUCCGCAGCGCCAACCACAUGGCGGACGACGAUGGCGCCGAGCUGGACACGCCAAUCAACUACAGCCUGAAGUACUCCGACGAACAGCUGAAUUCUGGGAGACAGAGUCCCAGUCACCGCGGCGCCAUCGAGAGCGAUGAGGACGACGAGGAGGAUGCUCCGUUGAGGAGGAGGAAUGACACCGGCGACCCGGCCACAGCCAGCGGCCGCAUGGCGUCUGUCCUGCCGCCACGCUACGUUGUCACCACGGGACCAUCUAACUACGGCAGUGACUCGACAGGUGAGCAGCCAAUCGACUACAGCCUUAAGUAUGGCGCUGACGCUGCCAACAAGCCGCUAUUCAAGCCAGAGGAGGCCGCCGCCCCCUCCGUCCCCCCUGCCCCACCAUCCUCUGCCAACAAGCUCCGCCCCCCGCCACCUGCAGCCAAUCGGGCGGGGCCAAAAGGUAACCAGGAGUCGACGCAGACGUACUGUGUGGAAGACACGCCCAUCUGCUUCUCCAGAGGCAGCUCGCUCUCCUCGCUGUCAUCAGAGGAGGAAGAGGAGGAUGGUGAUGUCAUCGGGAGAAGGAGGAGAGGUGGGAGCGUGAUCUGCGGCGGCAGCGGCGGGAACAACUACCCGACACUUCCUGUCAGCGAGAAGGACGCACACGAGCAGCAGCAGAGGCAGCUGAAAGAGGCGGAGAGCCAGACCGCCGCCGCCGCCGCCGCCGCAGCUUCAGCUGUUCCCUCCACACGGGGAAGACGAGGUCACCACCAUCAAGGUCACGCCCACCACCAUCAUCACCACCACCACGUGGCAUCAUCAGGCGCCAGGACGCCUAAAAGUCCCCCGGAGCAGCCGUACGCUCAGGAGACGCCGCUGAUGUUCAGCCGCUGCACGUCGGUCAGCUCCCUCGACAGCUUCUCCACCUCCUCCAUCGCCAGCUCCGUGCGCUCCAGCGAGCCGUGCAGCGGCAUGCCAAGCGGCGUGGUCAGCCCCAGCGAUCUGCCCGACAGCCCGGGGCAGACCAUGCCGCCGAGCCGUGCCAAAACGCCGCCGCCGCCACCGCCAAUACAGAAAACAGAGGAGGAAAAGGCCAAGAAGGAGGAGGAGGAGGAGAACAGUGCCGACGUCAUGCUUCACUUCGCCACGGAGAGCACGCCGCACGGCUUCUCCCGAGCCUCCAGUCUGAGCGCGCUCAGUCUGGACGAGCCCUUCAUCGUAGCAGAGAUGAAGAAGGCGGAGGAGGAGGAUGGCGGUAGCGAGGAGAGGAGCGAGGUGGAGGCGGUGAAACCAAUCCUUGACGAGUCUGACAACGAUGACGACCGUAAGAUCCUGGAGGCGUGCAUCAUCAUGGCGAUGCCCAAGUCGUCGCGCAAACCAAAGAAACAAGCAGCGCCACGGAAACCCAGCCAGCUUCCUGUUUACAAGCUCCUCCCACCUCAGAGCCGCACCCAAUCACAGCAGAGGAAGGAUGUGCCGCCGCCGCCACCGGAGGAGGUACCCAGAGUGUACUGUGUCGAGGGAACGCCUCUCAACUUCUCCACCGCCACCUCGCUCAGUGACCUCACCAUAGAUUCCCCACCCAAUGAAGAGGCAGCAGCAGCCGUUACACCUGUAGCCCCGCCCACGUCUGCCCAGAGACGGAGGGCUGGACUUCCCGAAGGCGAAAAUGGUGACGACAUCCUCGCAGAGUGCAUCAACGCCGCCAUGCCCAAAGCUAAACCCAGGAAACCAAUCAGAGCGGCAGUGAACAGUGAGAAUCUCCAAGCCCCGCCCCUUCCGCCGCCUCUUCCUCCUACAGCCCCGCCUCCUCUCAGCGCACAGCAGCAGAAGAAAAAGCCGACCUCGCCCGUAAAGCCGAUGCCCCAGCGGGCGCCGUACAGCAUCGCCACGGCAACAGCUGCCAAAGCAAAACCAGGGUUUGCCUUUGACUCACCGCACCACUACACGCCCAUCGAGGGCACGCCAUGCUGCUUCUCACGCAACGACUCGCUGAGCUCGCUCGACUUUGACGAAGACGACGGUGGCGAGAAGGACGACGAGGACAAGAAAAGUAAAGAAGAAGAAGGCAGGAAGAGGAAGCAGCAGACGGCCGCCAUUUUUCCUCGAACGAAAUCUGCGAGCAACCCGACGGCAAUGGACGAGAAGCAGAAGUUCGCCAUCGAGGACACGCCCGUCUGCUUCUCCAGGAACUCCUCCCUCAGCUCGCUGAGCGACAUCGACCAGGAGAACAACAACAAGGAGUUCGCUCUGCCGCCGCAGCCCGAGCAGCAAGAUGGAGCCAAGACAGGAACAAAGUCUCCCCCUCAGGCAGAGGCGAAGCCCCGCCCCUCUGUGGCGAGCGGCUACGCCCCCAAAGCGUUCCACGUGGAGGACACGCCCGUCUGCUUCUCCAGGAACUCGUCGCUCAGCUCGUUGAGCAUCGACUCUGAGGACGACCUGCUGCAGGAGUGCAUCAGCUCCGCCAUGCCCAAGAAGAAGAAGAAAGCCGCCACCGCCGCCACCAUCCCCACCGCUGUCGCCACGCCACUUCCUGUUCCCAAAGUCAACGACAGCAUUCUGGCUGAGGAAGAGCCUUCAGAGGCUCCGAGAAGCCCCGCCUCCCCUGACUCUGAGUCCUUUGAUUGGAAGGCGAUCCAGGAAGGCGCUAACUCCAUUGUCAGCAGCCUGAACGCCGCCGCCGCCUCGUCGCUCUCCCGCCAGCCGUCAUCAGACUCUGACUCCGUCCUGUCCCUGAAGUCCGUGGGCUCGCCGUUCCGCCUGCCGACGGCCAAUAACAACGCAGAAGAGGAAGAGGGGGAGGAGGCGGUGAAGCGAGGGGCGAGGAUCCUGAAGGGCGGGGAACGCACCACGCUGGAGGCCAAGAAGAAGAAGGAGGAGGAAGAGGAGGAGGAGGCUGCGAAGGCGGUGAGAGGUGGGAAGAAGGUGUACAGGAGUCUGAUCACAGGCAAGCCGAGGGCGGAGCCUGCAGCCCGGGGCCGCAGUAAACCCAGAGCAGCACCUGCGGCCAAACCUCCAGGAAGCAGCGAGGGCGCCGACAGAGGAGGCGGGUCCUCUCGGGACUCCACGCCGUCUCGCUCCUCCUCCGCAGCCAGUCAGAAAGGAGGGAAGCUGUCACAGUUGCCGCGUACGGCGUCUCCUGGAAGUGCAUCAUCCUCAUCGUCGGUGCCCUCCAGACCGGCCAAGCAGAGCGGGGCGGCGAGGAGCGGCGGCAUCCCGAGGAGCGAGUCUGCAUCGAGAGUCAGCAGCUCCGUGGUGGCAAAGAAGCCAAAGGCGGAGCCUGAGAAGCCGGCGCUCGUCCGUCAGUCGACCUUCAUCAAAGAGGCGCCGAGCCCGACGCUGAAGAGGAAGCUGGAGGAGUCUGCGGCGGCGGCAGCGUUGGAGUCCCCGUCCAGCCCCGACACACCGCUACCACCAACAACGAGGAGACACGACGUCAACCGCUCCCAGUCUGAGAGCCCGUCACGCCCACAGGAAGUGACAUCAUCGCGCUUCAGCCGCACUGGCACCUGGAAGCGCGAAAACAGCGGCGGGGGAGGAGGGGGGAGUGGCGGUAAACACUCGACAUCACUGCCGCGUGUGGGGACGUGGAAGAGGACAGGAAGCUCGUCGUCUGUGCUGUCGGCGUCGUCGGAGUCUAGCGAGAAGGGGCGGAGCGAGGAGGAGAACGGCGUGAGGUCGAAGGGAACGUGGAGGAAGGCGAAGAACGGCAGCGCUGACUCAUCAGCGGGGCGGAGCUUCACCGACAAAUCAGAAGACGUGUGGGUUCGUCUGGAGGAUUGUCCCGUCAACAACCCGCGCUCAUCCUCUUCCUGUUCAGCCCGCUCUCCCACCGCUGCCAACGCCCCGCCCGUCAUUGACAGCCCCGCCUCCUCCAAGAUACCGUCCUCCUCCUCUUCCUCCUCCUCCAACCUCAACCUGCGGCGUAGCUGUGAGAGCCUCGACGACACGCCGCAGCCUGAACGCCAGCAGCAGCCGCAGCGCAGUCAGCAGCGCAGCGGCGCCGUGGCGGCCCGAGUCAGCCCCUUCAACUACACGCCGAGCCCGAGGAAGAACAACGCUGAAAACGCCACCACUGCAACGCCAACUGCCACGACAUCAUCAUCAACGACCCCAACACGGCCUUCACUCAUCCCCACGCCCGUCACCAAGAAACGGGAACCAAAGGGCGGAGAAGGUGGCGGCAGCGGUGGCGGCACCGGCGGUGAACGCGGCUCGUACAUCGUGACGUCAGUGUGACGGGAAACCAGAAGAAGAAUCUGGAAAUAGACACAAGAAGGCGGCCACGGUGGUGGCAGUGUAAAUACUGAGAAACACCCGGACGUGUUUGUGAACUGUACAGGAAGUGAGUCUGUAUUUAAGUGCUAGCCCCGCCCCCUUAGCUCCCUCCUCUGCCCUCAUUGGCUCCUCUCACCUGUCAGUCAAGCUUCUUUACUGGAUGAGAAACUUACACAUAAAGUUUUUAUGUUUUUAUACCACUAAAAUGUGUAGCGCUUAGCUCAGCCCCCUCUGCCUGUGUCCCUGCAUGGCCCCGCCCCCUACCUUCACCGUGACGAUGAUGAUGACUACGAUGAUGAUGUUAGCUGUAGCGUCGGAGCUGAUUCUGCUCCUUCAGAACGUUUCAUGUUUUUUGAUGAGUUUGGUUCUGGAAAGCUUUUUUCUCUUGCAGACGACCUGCGAUCAUUUCUCCUGGUCCCGGACUCUGGGACCCGAACUCUGGUCCCGGUCUCGGACCCUGGUCCCCUGUCCUGGUCCCAGACUCUGGACCCUGGUCCCGGUCCCGGACGCGGUCAGAGUAGAAACCAGUUUUUCUGAACCUCACUCACACACUGCUUCCUUCCAGAGAGGGAAGUUUGCUGCCACCGAACUGUAAAACGUCUGAAACACUUUGUCCCUGAACUUCCUGGUGAAAUUUGAGGAUUGUGGUUGGCUGAAAACUUCCCGCUCUGUGUCGCCUUGGCAACAAAUAACACUGUAAAACGUAAGUUAUUGCUGUAAAACCUUUUAACUUUGAAGCACAUAAUUUAAAAGAUUUCUGCCAAAACGUUUCUGUAACUGUUUUUCUGUUGAUGCUGGAGGAAACAAUGUUUAACACGAGACAACAAUAAAACAUUUUAGCUGCAAA